CGAUCGCGGCGGCCAGACCUCGGCUCCCGCGGUGAAUCCGCCUCUGGGCUUUCAAAGAUGGCAUUUCUUGGGCCUGGCACGAACUCCAGCGCCAAUAAAUCCUCCCCAUUCCGCGAGCGAUAAGGAAUGAUUUAUCAGGUUAUCCAACAAUAGUUAUGACCUCCCGGUUACGUGCGCUGGGUGGAAGAAUUAAUAACAUACGCACCUCUGAAUUACCCAAAGAGAAAGCUCGAUCCGAAGUCGUCUGCAGCAUACGCUUUUUAGAUGGGUUGGUACAGACCUUUAAAGUUAAUAAACAAGACACUGGCCAGUCACUUCUGGAUAUGGCGUAUGCCCACCUGGGUGUGACCGAAAAGGAGUAUUUUGGUUUGCAACAUGGUGAAGACUCAGCCGACUCCCCUAGAUGGCUUGAAUCAAGCAAACCCAUCAGGAAACAGUUGAAAGGAGGUUUCCCCUGUUCCCUGCAUUUUCGAGUAAGAUUUUUUAUACCUGAUCCCAACACACUGCAGCAAGAACAAACCAGGCACUUGUAUUUCUUACAACUGAAGAUGGAUAUCUGUGAAGGAAGGUUAACCUGCCCUCUGAAUUCAGCUGUGGUUCUGGCUUCCUAUGCAGUACAAUCUCAUUGUGGAGACUUUAAUUCUUCCGUACAUCAUCCAGGCUAUCUUGCGGAUAGCCGGUUCAUACCAGAUCAGAAUGAUGACUUCUUGACCAAGGUGGAGUCUCUCCAUGAGCAGCACAGUGGGCUAAAGCAAUCAGAAGCCGAAUCAUGCUACAUCAACAUAGCUCGGACUCUCGACUUCUAUGGAGUGGAGCUGCAUGGUGGUAGAGAUCUGCACAAUUUAGAUCUAAUGAUUGGAAUUGCUUCUGCGGGCAUUGCUGUAUACCGAAAAUACAUUUGCACAAGUUUCUAUCCUUGGGUGAAUAUCCUCAAGAUUUCUUUCAAAAGGAAAAAAUUCUUUAUACAUCAGCGACAAAAACAGCCUGAAUCCAGGGAACAUAUCGUGGCCUUCAACAUGCUAAAUUACAGAUCUUGCAAAAAUUUGUGGAAAUCUUGUGUUGAGCACCAUACCUUCUUUCAGGCAAAGAAGUUACUACCUCAAGAAAAGAAUGUUCUAUCUCAGUACUGGACCCUGGGCUCCAGGAACCCCAAAAAGUCUGUAAAUAACCAAUACUGCAAAAAAUUGAUUGGAGGGAUGGUGUGGAACCCGGCCAUGCGGAGGUCCUUGUCAGUGGAACAUCUAGAAACCAAGAGCCUGCCUUCCCGGUCCCCUCCAGUGACCCCCAACUGGCGAAGUCCUCGGCUCCGACAUGAGAUCCGAAAACCCCGCCACUCCUCUGCAGAUAACCUCGCAAAUGAGAUGACAUACAUUACAGAGACCGAGGAUGUGUUUUACACCUACAAGGGCUCCCUGUCCCCCAAAGACAGUGAUUCCGAAGUUUCACAGAACCGCAGCCCACACCGAGAGAGUUUAUCUGAGAACAACCCGGCACAAAGCUGCCUGACCCAGAAGUCAUCCAGUUCUGUGUCUCCAUCUUCAAAUGCUCCAGGCUCCUGCUCACCAGAUGGAGUCGACCAGCAGUUCUUGGAGGACUACCACAGGGUGACCAAAGGGGGCUCCACUGAGGACACCGGCCAGUACUACUGCGACAAGAAUGAUAAUGGUGACAGCUACUUAGUCUUGAUCCGGAUCACACCGGAUGAAGAUGGAAAAUUUGGAUUUAAUCUUAAGGGAGGAGUGGAUCAGAAGAUGCCUCUGGUAGUCUCAAGGAUCAAUCCAGAGUCACCUGCUGACACCUGCAUUCCUAAGCUGAAUGAAGGGGAUCAGAUCGUGUUGAUCAAUGGCCGGGACAUCUCAGAACACACCCACGACCAGGUGGUGAUGUUCAUCAAAGCCAGCCGGGAGUCCCACUCGAGGGAGCUGGCCCUGGUGAUCAGGAGGAAAGCUGUCCACUCGUUUGCUGAGAUCAAAUCUGAAGAGGAACUGAACCAGCUUUUCCCAGAGGCCAUUUUCCCCAUGUGUCCUGACGGUGGGGACACUUUAGAGGGAUCCAUGGAACUGCUAAAGAAGGGCCUCGAAAGUGGGACGGUGCUGAUCCAGUUUGAGCAGCUCUACAGAAAGAAGCCAGGUUUGGCCAUCACCUUUGCAAAGCUGCCACAAAAUUUGGACAAAAACCGGUAUAAAGAUGUGCUGCCUUAUGACACCACCCGGGUAUUACUGCAGGGACAUGAAGAUUAUAUUAAUGCAAGUUAUGUGAAUAUGGAAAUUCCUGCUGCUAACCUUGUGAACAUAUAUAUUGCCACUCAGGGACCCCUGCCACAUACCUGUGCACAAUUUUGGCAAGUCGUUUGGGAUCACAAGUUGUCACUGAUUGUCAUGUUGACAACUCUCACAGAGCGAGGGCGGACCAAAUGUCACCAGUACUGGCCCGAUCCCCCUGAUGUUAUGGACCACGGCAUCUUUCACAUCCGGUGUCAGUCAGAGGACUGCACCAUCGCCUAUGUGUCCCGAGAAAUGCUGGUCACAAACACUGAGACUGGGGAAGAACACACAGUGACACAUCUACAGUACGUGGCAUGGCCUGACCACGGCGUGCCUGAUGACUCCUCGGACUUCCUGGAGUUUGUGAACUACGUGAGAUCCCUGAGGGUGGAUGGUGAGCCGGUCCUAGUUCACUGCAGUGCUGGAAUAGGUCGAACUGGUGUAUUGGUCACUAUGGAAACAGCCAUGUGCUUAAUUGAGAGAAAUCUUCCGGUUUGUCCAUUGGAUAUUGUCCAGAAAAUGCGAGACCAGCGUGCGAUGAUGGUGCAGACAUCAAGCCAGUACAAGUUUGUGUGUGAAGCGAUUCUUCGUGUGCAUGAAGAAGGCUUAGUCCAGAUGCUGGAUCCCAGUUAGGACAACUGUGAAGCAUUCAUUCCUUGUCCCACGGACACCCUUCUGAUGAGAGGGGCACAAGCCUUCCUUUGGAGGCUGCAGGAGGAACCUGGAGCUGUGGGAAGGGAAUGAGCAUAUCUUAACCCCGGCACUUUAAAUUUCUAUAGAAAAGGUAUCGUGUACAUAGGGACUGGUGUAGAUACGCAUGCAACUAUGGCUUCCUUUAAGCCCAGAGCAAGCAGCACAAGGGAUCUUAUAUGGGACCUGUCCCACCGCCUUCCUCCCUACACGUCACCGCCCCCGCCGGCCGCCUUUGGGCACCUGGGAAGGGAUGCCUCCAGUGCUGCACACCUCCCAGCAGCCAGGUGGUGUGGCUGUGUAAGCUGCUCAGGUACUGUGUUGUGUGCCGGAUGCUGAUAGCUGAGCUUUCUGUGCUCUCAAGAGAGGAAGCAGAACAGCUCAGUCACCCACCGCCGCUGCACAACAUAGAACACCAGGAACAGGGCUGAAGGACGACAAGCAGUGCCUCCGCGGCCCACCCACUCCUCCCGCAUCUCUUCCCUGCCCCUGCCCUGAUGUGUCCAGAGCAGCCUCCUCUCCCUGGCACUGGCCCUUCAUCCACACCCUGCCGACCCUGAGAACGAUGCUGGCCCAGGAGACCUCCAGCCAGGA